UCUAUCAGUAGUAGUGCGUUAUUCUGAAACAAGCGGCACGUGGCUGAACCUGAACAAAUCUACUCAACCUAUAAUUCUUUUCAUCGACUCGUUUCACAAGAGGAAACAUGGGAAAGGUUAAGUGUUCAGACUUGCGAACCAAAGACAAGAAGGAGCUGACUAAGCAGCUCGAUGAGCUCAAAACGGAACUUACCAGUUUGAGGGUGGCUAAAGUCACUGGAGGAGCCCCUUCAAAACUUUCAAAAAUCCGGGUAGUCCGCAAAGCAAUUGCUCGUGUGUACAUUGUUAUGCACCAGAAGCAAAAAGAAAAUUUAAGAAAGUUGUACAAGAAUAAGAAAUACAUACCUUUGGAUUUGAGACCUAAGAAGACACGUGCUAUUCGUCGUGCUCUAUCUCAACAUGAGCAACGCAUCAAGACUCCUAAGGAAAUCCGCAAGCGUUCUGCAUUCCCUCCAAGGAAAUUUGCACUCAAAGCUUAGUUGAUUUAAUAAAGGUUUUGUAAAAAGUGAA